CGCAGGAAGAGGCUGUUGAUUGUGGUUAAUAAAUAACAGAACUCAACCGCCUCUCCCACACGGGUCCUCGUUGUCAGACGUGUGUGCGUUUGUCUGUGUUCGUCUUUGCGUUGUGAAACCACAGGAAUAGGAACAGGAAGCGAGAUCAGACCAAAAAUCUCUAAGUUUCACACGCCGUCGCCGCCAUGGCCAAAGCCAAGAGCGGUCCACUGGCCCGGAGGCCCGAUAACUCGGCCUUCAAGCAGCAGCGUCUGCCCGCCUGGUCGCCCAUGCUGACGGCGAAUACCGUGCUGCCCUUCUUCUACUUCAUGGCGCUCAUAUGUCUGCUGCUGGGAAUUUGGCUUCUACUUACAGUACAGAGCGUGCAAGAAAUCCGGGUGGACUAUACCGACAAUGGACGGUGUGCUUUUUGUCACGACAUGCGGAAGAAUGCCAGCAAUGCAGCUGUGAUCUGCACUUGUGAAUUACACUUUCAAGUCAGCAGAACUUUGAAGGGAGACGUCUUCUUCUACUACGGCCUCCAAAACUUCCACCAGAACCUGCGCAGAUACAUGGACUCUAGGGACGAUGCGCAGAUGGUCGGCAGGAAGAAGAACUUGAAGAAACCCAGUUCAUACUGCAAGCCAUUCUCCACCAAUGACAAAGGGCUCCCUAUCGCCCCCUGUGGCGCUGUGGCCAAUAGCAUCUUUAAUGAUACCUUCAAAUUCCAUUAUCUCGGCUCCGGUAAUUCCAAGUACGAGGUCCCUCUAUUACGCAAAGGCAUCAGCUGGUACACAGACAAAAACGUCAAGUACCGCAACCCGCGAGUGGAAAAUUUGAGCUUGACUGAAGUCUUCGAAGGCACGGCACCGCCUCCUUAUUGGCAAAAGCCCGCGUACGAGCUGGACAAGAUGGACCCUAACAACAACGGCUUUAUCAAUGAAGACCUGAUCGUGUGGAUGCGGGAGGCCGCCUUCCCCAAUUUCAAGAAACUGUACGGUAUUUUGCAGCGGGCUGACAAACCCUUCCAAAAUGGCCUUCCGAAAGGAAACUACAGUGUGACUAUUACCUACAACUUCCCCGUGCAGUACUUCCAAGGCAGGAAGCAGGUGGUCCUGACCACGCUGAACUGGUUCGGCGGUCCCAACCAGUUCCUGCCCAUUGCUUACUUGAUCACGAGCUGCCUCAUACUGGUGACGGCCGUCGGCCUCACCGUGGUUUGGUGGAAGUUUGGGAAGGACGGGAAGAACAUGGAUGAGUUAUGAGGGAUUAUUUAAAAGCACAGUAUCAAUCUAAUAGUUACCAGUGAAUUGAAUGUAAUUUUAUAUCAUACUGUGUACAUAUUGACUACUCAUUUUAUACAAAUGUGUACAUAAUUUUGUUGUUGACUUUAAAUUGAUAUGGAAACACUGCAACGUUAAAUGUGAUGUUAGCGGUGGUUUGUUUGAGAAAGCUGUCCGUCCUAAUAAAAAAGUGUCAAACUUUUUUUCCCCCAUCAUGUAUGUUUAACAUAUGGCAGCUUGUCCAAGAACAUGGCAAAAAUUAUGAAAAUAACUGCAAAAAACUGACCAAUAAUUACAAGUAAUCACACAAAUGUUUUAAUUGUGAAAUCACAACUUUUGCCAAAGUUUAAAUGAAAUGCUGGAAAUUCAGGAAA